AUUGAUAGAAAAGGAAGAGAGAGAAAGCUUCAACUCUUCAACCAAAAAUACAAAGAACGAUGAAUCUAAGUUUUCAAGCUGCAACACUUACGACUAUGACAAUUCCCUGUUCGCAAAUUUGUUCCCACUUCUUCUCGUGUUCUCAUGAUUGGUUGCGAAAAUGCUGGUGGGAAGAUGAGAAUUCAGAAGCCUAUAAUAUCUCCUAAAGUGUCUAGCAUUCAAAAUUUCAAAGAGGUAUGAUUAACUUACUUAGCUCUGAUUGUUCAAGCCGAAUGAAUAGGUCCACCCCUCCAGGCGAAAGGUCCUCUAUGUCAAUCAAGUUCUCGCUCCAUCUCAUACAUCCAGUUCCAGUAUCAUGUGUAUAAGCCAAACAAGAGCAGUUUGCCAGGCAGGUUGUUCUGCACUGAUCAGGAUUCAGACCCACAAACCAUUCAGCAAUAUCAGCAUUAACUGGCACUUUCAUCAUCUUUAACCUCAAAAACCCAUCUUGUUUUCCCCCUUGAACCCCACAUUGCAGGCUUGCAGCUUCUUUCUUCUCACACACCCACUUGUCCAGUUUCCUCUCCUCCAUUCCUCCGUGUUCUUUGGCACAAACCCUUUUAAGCAGCUGCACAUAGGUUUAGUCUGCGGGUAGUUUGGUUCGCGAAAUAUAGGUAUAAAGUAUGGGUUUAGAAGUACUAAAACCCAUACCUUAUGUUUGGUUGUCAAAAGUACGAGUUUCAAACCCAUACCUCAAACCCAUGAGGUAUGGGGUUUAGAAACCUUGGGGGGGGAGGUGGGUUUGGCCCAUUCCAUUCCCCUAGGUAUCAAAUAUAAGGAGGGAAGAAUGAGGGAAACAGGGAAAUUACCGCCAAAGUCCAUCUCCUACUUCUGCCGCCAUAUUCAUCCUUCAUCCUUAAGCUGUUGAGCAGCAAUAAUUCAGCCUUCAUCCAGAAAUGGAGUCAUGUAGACUAUCCUUGUUAAGGAGGAAGAGAAAGCGACAAACAGAACUACUUGUAACUUUAUUAGUUAUAAUAAAUUUCAUGAUUCUCAUGUAUUUCGUGCUACAUAAAAUACACCGAAUUAGAGAUAAGAAACGUAAUAGAUUAAUUAAUUUGAACUCGUUGAUUAGAGAUAGUGAUGUUGCUUGUAGGAGUGAAUUGAGUAUGAACAGACAUACUUUUGGUGUACUUUGUGAGAUGAUAAGCGAUAUUGGUGGAUUGAGAGGGACUAGAAAUAUGAGCUUACAGGAGAUUGUAGCUAUGUUUUUGUAUACAUCAUCUCAUCAUAAAAAGAAUAGGUCGAGAGGGCACUACUUUUAUAGGAGUGGAGAAAGUGUUAGUAGACAAUUUAACCUUUGCCUCCUUGUGGUUCUAAAGCUACAUCAUCACUUGCUCAAAAAACCUACACCUAUUACAGAAGAUUGCGAGGAUAGUAGAUGGAAAUGCUUCCAGAAUUGCUUAGGAGCUCUAGAUGGUACAUUUAUUAAAGUUUAUGUUCCAAAUGAGGAUAGAGGAAGGUACCGAACAAGGAAACGAAACCUUGCAAUGAAUGUUUUAGGUGUUUGUACACCUAACAUGGAAUUUGUUUUUGUCUUACCUGGAUGGGAAGGCUCUGCACAUGAUGGUCGUGUUUUACGAGAUGCAAUUUCGAGGCCUAAUGGUUUAAAGGUGUCUCGAGGUUGUUACUUUUUGGUAGACGCUGGCUACACUAAUUGUGAGGGGUUUCUUGCACCAUAUAGAGGGCAUCGUUAUCACUUGAAAGAAUGGGGGGAUCGAGUACCAGCAAGUGCUGAGGAGUACUUCAACAUGAAACAUUCUAAAGCUAGGAAUGUAAUUGAGAGAACUUUUGGUUUGUUGAAGGGAAGGUGGGCAAUUCUUAGAAGCCCUUCUUUUUUUUCAACUCGUACACAAGGUCGCAUUGUUACAGCGUGUGCUAUAUUACACAAUCUAAUUCGAAAGCACAUGCCCACAAAUUUUGAGGUUGAUGAGUCAUCAGAUGAGAAUGAGAAUGAGGAUAUUGGUGAUGAUGUUGAAUACAUUACUCAAGUUCAACCAUCAAAUGCUUGGACCGGCUUUAGGAAUAAUUUAGCGCAAACUUUAUUUAAUGCUUGGAGAGCUAGGCAAAAUAACGAAACAUGAUUUUUUUUUUUUUAAUGAAUAAUGACUCUUUUUAGUCUUGUCCUUGUGUUUUGUGAAACGAUCUUUGUAUUUUAUGAUUUUUUGUUUCUCGUUUGUGUUUGAUGUUAAUCAAGGGACAUGAUAUUUUUAUUUAACUUUUAAUUGCUUUCAUUAUGUGAUACCCUAUAUACCACAAAUAAAAUAUUUGGUUAUGUAUUCUUACUUAAUUGA